AUGCCACAGCUACAGAUCAUCCUUCUGGGAGGUAGAAACUCAGGGAAGAGCGGCGUGGGCAACCUGCUUCUGGGCAAAGAGGAGUUUGUGGCGAGGGAGCGGACAUGUAGCUGCAGGAGAGUAGGCGCCAUGGGAUCUCAAUGGCUCACUGUGGUGGACACUCCGGGGUGGUGGUGCGAUCUGUCCACCACAGACACCUCUGAGCUGGUCAAGAGGGAGAUAGUAACCAGUGUGUCUCUAUGCAACCCCGCUCCUCAUCUUUUCAUAAUCGUGGUUAAGGCCAGGUCAAUUUUCACCGAACAGCGACGCAAAGCUGUAGAGGAACACGUGCAGCUGCUGGGGCGUGAUGUUUGGGACCGAUGCUUCCUGCUGCUGGCCUUCAACCACAGCUGGAGGCUUACAAAGGCAGAGGAACACGUGGAAAGAGCGGGAAAAGCCUUGCAGUGGGUUUAUGACAAGUGCGGCCGGAGAUGUCACUCUCUUGUGCUGGAUGAAGAACACUGCAAAAAUAUAGCGCAGAUCCCUGAGUUGAUGGCGAAGAUACGGACGAUGGUAGCGGCGAGUGGGAGCAUUGCGUUUGAAAUGCCCGGAGCGAUGUUGCUGAAGGCGACGGAAGAGAAGAGGAGGAUGAAGCAAAGGGCACACUUCAGAUUUGUGAAGAUGAAGGAGCGACGGGCCACACAAAGAGCGAAAGUAAAACCCAUGACAGAGAUAAGGAUCGUCUUGCUUGGAGCCAAAGGAUAUGGGAAAUCUUCAGUCUUCAACACAAUUCUUGGAAACAACCAGGAAAACAGCGAAACAACUCGAACAGCCUGUAACCGCGUCGGACAAGCCACUGUUUUUGGUCGACAUGUGACGGUCGUCGAUACCCCUGGAUGGUGGUGCAAUUACUACAGCCACGAAACUCCCAUGUUCGACAAAAGAGAGAUGGUUUUGAGCUUGUCCUUAUGCCCACCCGGACCCCACGCCUUCCUAUUGGUCAUCCGAGUAGACCGUGCCUUUACCGACACCUACAGACGCGCGAUCGAAGAGCACGUUGAGGUUAUCAGCGAUCGAAUCUGGAAUCGAUUAAUCGUUUUGUUUACUUUUGGAGAUUGGCUUGGAAGCACCACCACAGAGCAGUACAUAGAGAGUGAGGGGAAGCCAUUGCAAUGGGUUGUAGACAGAUGCGACAACAGAUAUCAUAUUCUCAACAAUAAAACCAAAGGGGAUGGGUUUCAGGUCCGCGAGUUGUUAGGGAAAAUUGAAGAGAUGGUGUCGGCAACGGGGAGUGACUGGUAUUUUGAAAUUGAGCAAAGUGUAGUCAAAAAUCUGAAUCAGAAAAUCACGCAAGAGGCCGAACAAGCGGAAGCAAGGAGGAUGGUGAAGAAGGAGCAAAGGGAAGCGGCAAGGGCAAAUCUGGAUAACUUCACUCCUCUAUCAGAGCUGAGAGUCGUGCUGAUCGGUGGCAGCAAAACUGGAAAGAGCUCUUGCGGAAACACAAUUUUUGCUCGAGGCUGCUUUAAACCCCAAACUCUGAUGACCUCCUUCCACAAGAACAAAGUCAAAUCAAGCGUGAUGGUCACCGUGCUGGACACUCCUGGAAUAGAAGAAUCGAUCAACCCUGUCCGCUCCUUAUGCCACCCCAUGUUGAUCGAAAGGACGCUGCAAAGGCUCACUCAAACUGGGAAUCUACAAAACAUCAUCGACCAAUGGGGUGACAGCAGCUUACAGGAACUUGAGGCGUUUAUUGACAUGUAUUUUGAAAUGGUCUGGGGGCAAGCCAUGGAAUCGUGUCCAGAGGAGAGUCCGAAAGAGGAAGCAGUAGAGCCGGUGGGAGACGUGCUCGCAUACAUCAACAAGAAACUGUCGAAACUGGACGUCCUGGAGGAUAUUCAAGAGGAUCUGGUGGAAAUCAAGAAGGCCAUAGAGGAGAUGAAAGGGAAAUUAUAA